CACAAUAUUACAAUGCAACAACUGGUAUUUGUAGUAGUCAUCAUAUGGAAAGUCCAACUAGCUGUGUUGUAAGUUGGUUUAGAAAUAGUGAAGUCACCUAUUUUCCUUACACCGAUGAGGGUAAUGCCCGAUUUGAUUUCUUUAAAAAUGUCGUUGGGUUCCAUUCCAUAGAAAAAACACUGGCCGCAAUGCAUUUCAACCUUGGAAACAAAGAUGUCUGGGUGGCCUUAAUAACUUUCCUAUAUGUUGAUAUAUUAGAUACAACUGGUACUCUUUAUUCAAUGGCAAAAUUUGGUGGUUUCAUGGAUGAAACUGGUGAUUUUGAAGGUUCUACCGCUGCAUUUAUAUGUGAUGCUUCUUCAAUUACUAUCGGUUCUAUUUUUGGCACGUCUCCUGUCACUACGUUUAUUGAAUCAGGUUCUGGAAUUACUGAAGGCG